CAGAUAAAUGCUGUAACUCGACACACCCUAUAUCAUUUCACCUCCUUCAGCUCCAAAUCAAAAUGCACCUUAUUGUACCCAUCCUCGUGUGCGUGCUUCUUCCCAAAGCAUAUUCCCUCAAAUGCUUUGAGUGCACACCAGGAGCAUGCACCAACAAGCAGAUUGACUGUCUUAAUCCAGGCCAAUGUGGAAACUCGUGGAUCAUAUCCUAUGCGGGUGAUAGAAAAAUAUUGGAUAUCAACACGAAGUCUUGCGCGGUGUCUGCUGGGUGUCUCAGUUCAUCAAUGAACUUCGGAAUCACGCGCACAACGAUCGCCAGCAAAUGCUGCAAUACGGACCUCUGCAACUCCCAAAACGUCCCUGAGCCCACUAAAGGCCUUCCUAAUGGCAAGACAUGCUUCACCUGUAUCGGAACGGACUGCAUGAGCACUCUGAGCUGCUUGGGAGACGAGGACCACUGCAUCUCAACAACAGUAAACACGGGUGGUGAGAAGAUAUCAAUGAAGGGAUGUGCCUCCAAGACCAUCUGUACGGGAGACGUGUCACGAGCACUGGGGUCCACCAUGAGCACGGAGAUGAAUUGCUGCGAGGGCAACCUGUGUAACAACGCCCAGAGCAUCGGACUGAGCCUCCUGAUCCUGGUGACAUCCAUGGUUUCUGUCACCCUGUUCUACUGAGAGACACCUUGCCUUCACCACCUCCAUCGUAACAGGAGCCUCCCUGUCAUUGUCCCCCCCCAUCUCCCCACACCACUGCCCCAGUCUCCACUAUCUACCUGUUGUGUGUAUUAAUAAUGAAUGUUAUAGAAUAGCCCCUUUCACUGGAUGCUUCCUUGGGGCGUCACAUUAUGUAGGGUUAACUCAACCCCUUCACCCCCGCUAGCGUAAUGCUGCAGCCACCUGUGGAACGCACUAUAGCCAAUUCAUUUUAGGGACAGCUCUCGCAAAAAAAUACACACCCACAACAACCCACACCUACUUCCAUCCUACAACCCCUACACACACUCACACCCAUCCUCUUCUCUCCUCAAGGCCCUGUGAGUCAGUGAGGCGUGUAUGUUUGGUGAGGCAUUUGCCAAUCUAAGCAAGUGUGGUACAUUGCUUCAAAUCAUUGGCAUUGUUAGCUUUCACCUGUUUUUAACGUUCUGAAUAACAUAAAAGGCUAUUGAAUCCCAUUUUUUACCUAGCAGAAAUAUACUUGAAAUUAAAAAUGUCACUGGAUGUGUACAGUGUUAAUGUGUUUGCUUGAUAAACAAGAUUAAUUCUGUAAAUUAAAAAAAUAUGAAAAGUA